AUGAGUUUGCUCUCUAUACGGAGCAGCUUCAUCGACAUAUCGGGACAGAGUAUUCCUUCCCCAGUUGAUACAAGUGGUGCCCCUUCAUCCAACAUUACAUUAUCUGACUCUGCACAAGAAGCCUCCGAGCCGAGCUCUUCUCCAAAGCUCCAGUCAAGCCUGUUUCAAAGUUGUAAGGGUCCUGAAGAACAAUCAGCCGAGGUCUUAACACCUCAGAACAGAAAUGCCACAGAAGAUGGCAGCCUCCAAUUUCAUACCCCCACUUCCACUUCAGAUGUGGCUACAAGUUCUGUCACUGGACCUCCAUGUCCUGAGAGCAGCCGCGGGUCCCUCAUGGACUCCACCAUCAGCACUGCAGAAGACACAUUAAUGGAUCUACGCAGGUUGGAGUUUUCAUUGAAAAGCCAGUUAGGAGAAAACCACGACGCCCCAGAGGAAAAGGUGCCACCGGUCACAGCUAGCCACCCCUCAGCCACAGACACUAUGCCAGCUUCUUUUUUCGUUCCCUUCCAGAGAAGUGGAGAAUCCAGCGCCUUGUCUCAUUCUUGCAGCAUGCCCUCACUGAGUGAAACUCCCUCCACAAGGAACAGGAAAUGUACACGACGGAAGCAAUCUCAGUGUUUAUCUGAUGUCACGUUACAGGACAGCUUUGAGGGAUUCACACCUGAGAUCUCUGAUGGUGGAAACAGUGAAAUCUACUGGUUCCAGUGCACCAGUCCAGGCCUGUACCAGUGCAGUGAGACAGACCUGGUGUUUAACAUGGAGGGAGAAGGGGAUGUGACUUACAGGAAAGUCCACUGGGACUGGAGGCUGCUCGCCCAGCAUCACAAGAAGCCUGCAGGACCGCUGUUUGACAUCAGAUGCCAGCAGCAGUCUGUCUGCCAGCUUCAUCUCCGACAUUUUGAGAUCAGAUCUACAGGUGCAUGUCAGUUCUUGUCAGUGGCUCAUGUGACCGACGAGGGCACUGAUUUCAUCCUUCCACAUGAGAUAACAGAAACUCAUGUUGUUAUCAACAUCACUGGAUUUUCUGGGUAUGGUAAUGUGAAGGAUGAAGUCUCACCGCUCAAUCUGAUCAAUAUUCAACUGUCUCUCACAGACAGUAACAGCUCCCUCUGUGUAUGGGAAGGGCGAGUUGAUCUCUCAUCAGCUGCCAUAAGAAAGCCCCAGAGUCAGAGUGUUGUGGUUCUCCGUCCAGACAAUCGUUUGUUCUCUAUACGGAAAGCUUUUAUCGACAGAGUAUCACAACCGAUGCUCCAAAGUCUGCUGGAUUGGCUUUUAGAGAAACGGGUGAUAAAUGACUCUGAGAAUGAGGAAGCACAUGGGAUGCAGAACAGAGCAGACAAGGCUCGUUUUGUCAUCGACAUGGUGAGGAAGAAAGGGGAGCGUGCUAGUUCAGAGAUGAUCACAUUUCUCUGUCAGGAGGACAAGUGCCUCUCUGAAACCCUUGGGUUGAUGUGAAAACACAACUAACCAAAUAGUGAUGAAGAUAAAAUGAUAAAUGAAGAACUGACCAUUUAAACUCAAUGGCCGCCCAAAACUUAUCUUGUGCAAUAAUGUGAACAUAUCCUAAUGACCAUAAAAUUUAGAUUGACCAAAGAAUAAAAAUGGGACAAGGUGUCGGUGUUCCUCAGCGCCCAAACUACUGUCAGCACUUCUCCCCUCAGAUAUUCAGCUUGUGAGCGUGUCUGUCCAAAGCACCUUGAUUUCUCAUGGAGGAAACACCGUAAACUCACAGUGGACCCAACCUUGGCUCAUAAUUUGGGUUCUUGUGUCCAGCCUGUGGACUGUAAAAAAUUUGAGGAAAAAAAGCCUUUUAAAACUCAGGAUACCAGAAAUGUCAUGUGAUGUCUCACGUCAUAAUCCAUAGGUUUUGUAAAUUUGAUGAAAUGGUGCCUUCCUUUGAAUGUUUCACCCAAAGCGUGACGUCGCCUCAGGGAAGCUUCAGAGCUCGUCGAUACAGACAUUUAUCAAUACACAGAAUUUACUGUUAUUGUGCCAUAAAUGUGUAAACACGUCAGAGUGUGU